CUCCUUGACGCACAGCAGCAGCAGCAGCAGCGAGACUGCGCCAAAAACUGUCGCUCCUCUCAUCUCACAGCACAGAGUGAAGAGGAAACGCAGCUCUAAAGAUGCCCAAAGACAGAUCGAGGCUGCUUUUAUAAAGGUUUAGGACGACGCGAGUGCGGAAUAAUCUCCUGACGGUUUUUUUCUGUCUAUUUUUGCAUCAACCGCAGUUGAAAAUGUCUGCGCCGGUUGUUUGGAUUAACGCAAUUUGGAUUUUAAUUUUUGCCAUUUGUGAAAUGGCUCUUUCCAACUAUUCUGAGGACCAGUGCAGCUGGAGAGGAAGUGGUUUGUCGCAGCAGCAGGGCAGCGUGGAGCAGAUCUCCCUCCACUGCUCUGAGGGGACCCUGGACUGGCUGUACCCCAAAGGCGCCCUGCGUCUCACCCUCUCACCUCGCCUCCCCUCUGUGGCCGUGGGGCCCGGCGCCGGCAGCAGCUCGGGCCUCAUCACCGCCUGCGUCAAGCCCUCGGAGGAGUUCCACGGGGCCCAGCUCUACCUGGAGAGGGACGGGGUCCUGGAGCUGCUGGUCGGGGACCGCCUCGAGACCUCGCCCCCGCCCAGGGUCCGGUGUUUCAGCCGCUUGCCCGGCGAGAAGGUGGCGCUGUUCCUGCAAGCUACGCCCCACCAGGACAUCAGCAGGCGGAUCGCGUCCUUCCGCUAUGAGCUGAGAGGGGACUGGACCGCCCGCCUGGCACUGGACUCCAACACCAUCAGCAGUGAAGAUGCCUGCAGACCCUGCAACAACACCGAGAUUCUGAUGGCUGUGUGCACCAGUGACUUUGUGGUGCGUGGUAACAUCCAGUCGGUGGAGGAAGACGAGAACUUGAAGGCCGCCGUGAUCAAAGUCAGCGCCACGCGCGUCUUCCGUCAGAAGUACGCGCUGUUCACCGGCAACAGCCGCCUCACCAGCAAAGGCGAGAUCAGGACUCUGCUGCACUGUGGCGUCAAACCGGGACCCGGCAGCUUCCUGUUCACCGGCCGGGUCCACUUUGGCGAGGCGUGGCUGGGCUGCGCGCCGCGCUACAAAGACUUCCAGAGGGCGUACACGAUAGCCAAAGCAGCCCAGCAGAUUCCCUGUGAACUGCCCAUCGACUGAGUGAAAUCUGCGCAGGUGUUUAUCUGUCACGCAGAGCCAAGUCAAAGUCAGGCCAAACUCAGCCCUGCUCCAUGUCCCGGGAAGAAGCCGCGACGCGCGCUCAACUGUCGCCGUGACGCGCGCUCAACUGUCGCCGCGACGCGCGCUCAACUGUCGCCGCGGCGCCACCGACGGAAACUCCCAAAGGACUGCGGAGUGAAAUGGUCUCCCCACCCGCCGCCCGCCCCCCCCGACACCAUUUCAGUGCAAUAUGCAGUCACCUGGUCCAGAGGACCGGGCGGAGUCGCAACACGAGGGACGUGGAGAUUAAAAGUGUGUGAUUUCCAACUGUGAUGCCUUCAUGCUGCGUUCACAGAAAAUCUUAUAAAGUCUAGACAUGAAAUCAGGCCUCGCACACUCAUCACUCAGAAACUCAGGAACAUUUCAAAUCAGCAUGUGAUAUCCUGGUGAGGAUACACCAGAAAAUCGUGUAGGAUCAGUGAUGUGUUACGAUUAAUAAAGUCCUGACAAAAGGAAAUGUUAAAGAAAUAUUUGCACUGAUUUACGAGAGACAAAAAAAAAAGGGAAUUAUCUGGAGAGAGUGACGCUGUAAGCACUGAAAACCAAAUAUAUAUAUAUAAAAAAAGCAACUAUAUGUAGCAUAGUGGAGCGAUGAAGUAUUUUUAAUAUAUGUACAGACAAUGUGAGCACAUACAGGAAGUAGUUUUCACGUGCUGCUGCCGGCACUUUCAUACUCACGCCAACUCAGAGAUUUUUGUGCUUGUGAAAAGCUCAUUAUUUUGUCGGACUUCAUCUUUGUUUCACGUUUAAGUCGCGAGAAAGUAUUGCAACUGGACCGCGUUUGGGUCCAUAAUAUUAUUUAAAGAUUUCAAAUUUGGUAGCGGGAGUUUCACCAGAGCAGGCGCAACGUUCCACUCCACUGCUUUCUCCUGAGUUUGUGUUAGAAAUGGAUUCUAAAUGAAAGGUUAAAAGAUAUUUUUUAAGGUUUUUUUUGGUUGAAACCAGCUACAUCGUAACAGAAGUCAGGUGUUAUGUAAUAUUAAAUCUACAAACCAAAUGACCACGACGUGCUGAUGUCUUUAAUGCGUACACUGCCAUUUUUGUUGCUGUUUGUUGUUGUUUUUCCAUGUGAAUUUAUGUUUAUAUCAAUGUGAAUGUAAAUAAUGUGAAUAAGAAAGAAAUUCUAGACAAAAAAUGCCUAUGGAAGAAAGAACUCUUGUCUAUGUGCUGUGGAUUAUUUCUACGUUUGUCUUUGUUAUUAAAAUGUACUGUUUUUAAAAACA